GAACUACAAACCAUUGUCCUUAGCCUGCUAUGCUCUAUCCAUAUCUCCACCUUUUACUUUUUCCAACUCUCUCCACUAACCUUCCUCUUUCACAACAUGAUGCAUUCCUUAAAAGUCAAGCAAGAAUAAACCCACCACCAUUUCCCUAACUCUCUACAUUCUCUAUCCUCCUUUUCUCUCACAUCACACCACAAAGCGCAAAAGCUACCGCACGGAAUUACACGAAUUACAACAGAGAGAGGCCACCGCAUCACACUCACUCCACAAAACCAAGACCCUUUUCAUUUUACCAUCCAAAACAAAACAAACAGAGAGCAACAUGGUGAUCAAAAGCAAUAGAAUCGACGAUGUACCCAUAUCUUCCUCCGAUGAGCUCCGCAACCCGUUUGGCCAACUGGGUGUGGACCUGUCCGACUCGGAGCUCCGGGAAAUGGCCUACGAAGUCCUCGUCGGAGCCUGCCGGAGCACCGGAGGGAAGCCGUUGACUUAUAUUUCUCAGUCGCAGAGGACGGCGGCGGUGGAGAGGUCGUCGUCGUUGUCAUUGUCUUCGGGGGCGCCGUCGCUGCAGAGAUCUCUGACGUCGACGGCGGCCAGCAAGGUCAAGAAGGCCUUGGGGUUGAAGAAGAAGAGUCCGAACGCGGUUGCGGGUCAGAACAACCCGGUGGGUUCGGGUAAGGGCAAGAAACCCGUGACCGUUGGUGAGCUGGUGAGGAUCCAGAUGAGGGUUUCGGAGCAGACCGAUUCGAGGAUUAGGCGAGGCUUGUUGAGAAUUGCUGCUGGCCAGCUUGGAAGACGAAUUGAGUCAAUGGUUCUUCCACUUGAACUAUUACAGCAGUUUAAGUCGUCAGAUUUUCCUAAUCAGCAAGAAUACGAAGUGUGGCAGAACCGAAAUUUAAAGAUUCUUGAAGCAGGACUACUCUUGCAUCCUCACAUGCCUUUAGAUAAGGCAGACACUGCUCCACAGCGGCUUCGACAGAUAAUACGUGGGGGCCUAGAAAGGCCCAUAGAGACCGGAAAGCAGAGCGAAUCAAUGCAAGUUCUCCGGAGCACUGUAAUGUCUCUUGCAUGCAGAUCAUUUGACGGAUCCACCUCUGAGACAUGCCAUUGGGCAGAUGGAGUUCCGUUUAAUCUCCGACUCUACCAAAUGCUCCUUGAAGCUUGCUUUGAUGUGAAUGAAGAAACAUCCGUUGUGGAAGAAGUUGACGAGGUUUUAGAACUCAUAAAGAAGACUUGGGUUGUCCUCGGAAUAAACCAAAUGUUGCAUAACCUAUGCUUUUCAUGGGUGUUGUUCCACCGUUUUGUUGCCACUGGACAAGUUGAGAAUGACCUGCUCUUUGCCGCGAAUAAUCUGUUGGCGGAAGUUGAAAACGAUGCAAAAGCAACAAAGGAUUCAGUUUAUUCCACAACCUUGAGUUCGACAUUGAGUCGGAUUUUGCGUUGGGCAGAGAAAAGCCUUCUUGCUUAUCAUGAUACGUUUUACAGUGGUAAUAUUGAAUUGAUGCAAAUAGUUGUAUCUCUGGCGGUAAUAUCGGCUAAGAUAUUGGUAGAUGACAUUUCUAAUGAGUAUCGCAAGAAAAGGAAAGAAGUUGAUGUAGCAUGUGACAGGGUUGACAAUUACAUCAGGUCAUCAGUACGCUCUGCUUUUGCUCAGAAGAUGGAGACAGUAAAAUCAAGCAAGCGGUCUUCUAAAAACCAGCAAAAUCCUCUUCCUGUUCUUUCCAUUCUUGCACAGGAUCUUACCGAACUGGCUCUUAAUGAAAAGGAGAUAUAUAGUCCUAUAAUGAAGAGAUGGCACCCUCUUGCAGCAGGUACAGCCGUAGCCACGCUUCAUGCUUGCUACGGAAAUGAGCUGAAGCAAUUUGUAUCGGAUAUUGACGAGCUGUCACCUGAUGCAGUGCAAGUGUUGCUAGCUGCUGAUAAGUUGGAAAAGGUUCUUGUUCAAAUUGCAGUUGAAGAUUCAGUGGAAAGUGAGGAUGGUGGGAAGGCAAUAAUUCAGGAGAUGGCUCCAUACGAGGCUGAAACUGUGAUUACCAGUCUAGUGAAGGUGUGGAUAAGGACAAGAGUGGACAGACUUAAGGAAUGGGUUGACAGGAAUUUGCAACAAGAGGUGUGGAACCCACAGGCAAACAAAGAGCGAUUUGCUCCGUCGGCUAUUGAAGUUCUACGAACCAUGGAUGAAACAAUAGAAGCAUUCUUUUUGUUGCCAAUAAUAAUGCAUCCAAAUUUGCUUCCUGAUUUGAUGAACGGUCUUGACCGAUGUCUUCAACAAUAUGUAUUGAAGGCAAAAUCUGGCUGUGGAACCCAAAGUACUUUCAUUCCCCCCAUGCCUGCCCUGACCAGAUGUAAAACUGGUUCAAAAUUAUUUAAGAAGAAAGAAAAGUCUUAUACAACUCAGAGGAGGAAACCUCAGGUUGGGACUACGAACAGAGAGAAUUCAAUUGGGAUUCCACAGCUAUGUGUUCGUAUUAACACUUUGCAGCAUAUUCGAACACAGUUGGAAGUUUUGGGAAAGAAGAUAAUCAACCAUCUGAGGAAUUCUAAAUCUGCUCAUGUGGAUGAUAUUGCCAAUCGGAUGGAGAAAAAGUUUGAGCUUUCGGCGGCUGCUUGUGUGGAAGGGAUCCAACAACUUUGUGAGGUAACUGCGCAUAAGGUUGUAUUCCAUGACCUAAGUCAUGUUCUUUGGGAUGGUUUGUACGUGGGUGAUGUUUCUUCCUCUCGGAUAGAACCGUUCCUUCAGGAGCUCGAGCAACAUUUGGUGGUUAUUUCUGCAACGGUGCAUGAUAGAGUCCGGACACGUGUUAUUACUGAUGUAAUGAAAACGUCUUUUGAAGGGUUUUUGUUCGUUUUGCUUGCUGGAGGCCCUUCUCGUGCUUUUACUUUGCAAGAUUCUCAUACUUUGGAGGAGGAUUUCAAGUUUCUAAUGGAUUUGUUCUGGUCCAAUGGGGACGGAUUGCCAGCUGAGUUGAUAGAUAAGCUUUCAACCACUGUGAAGGGCAUUCUUCCCCUUUUCCGUACUGAUACUGAAAGCCUUAUCGAGCAAUUCAGACGUGUUACUCAAGAAAGCUUCGGGUUUUCUUCUAAAUCCAGGCUUCCACUGCCUGAGACUUCAGGGCAGUGGAGUCCCGCUGAACCAAACACGCUUUUGCGAGUAUUGUGUUACAGGAAUGAUGACAUGGCUACGAAGUUCCUCAAGAAAACAUACAACUUGCCAAAGAAACUGUAAUUACUUCCAAAUCCUUCGAGAUGAAUGACAAGUUGACACGAUCCUUAUGUAAGAAUUGCAGCGGGAUUAUUCUUGUAGCGUUGCUAGCAUUUUUUGCAACAAUCAGAACAUCAGAAGCUCUGAAGUGGGAUUUUAAGUGGCUAGAUUCUACUCUGGAAGCAAAGAGUUGUAUAGUAUACAUAUGGUUUGAUUGUUUGGUUUAAGCUUCACUACUUACUUGGUAAGUUAAUAGGAACAACAGACUUGGCCUUCAUGUAGCAGGUUAGUAAGCUUUGGAAGUCAAGACUUAAGGAAAGGGCGCAAAGAUCAAUUACUGAUCUUUCACAUCGGAUGAUCAUUAUGUUUGUUCCACUACGAUUAGAACAACCCGGUGAGCUUCUUUGGCCAUCAAUGUGCCUUCUUUUUUACUCUCUUUUUUUCCCACUUUAUAGCCUCUGCAUAAAAAAAUGACAAAUUUGCAGGAUAGAUAGAGAAUUAAGUUUGCCUAUUUAUCAUAGAAAUGUGAAAGGUAUAAGUUUGUAGUGUGUUUGCCAUUUUGUAUUUAUAUUUAUUGUUGUCUAAUGGUUGAAAUAUAGCUUGCUAUUUAUCUAGUAAAUUUUAUUCUUUCUGAGGUUUUAAA